AUGUGGCACCCCAGCGCUGGGGCGGCUGCGGCGGGCUACCGCGACCCGACCACGCUGCUUGCCGAGAGCGUCUCCUCAACCGUGACCGGGUCCGACGAGAGCGAUGAUGACUACCGCACGUUGCACGACUUUAGGAAGGCUGCGCUGGGAAAGCAGGCGGCCACCAGCCGUGCGCUGACCGGCAGCCGGCACACGGGCUCCGACACGGAGCGGGUGCAGCGGCAGCGUGAGCUGCAAGAGCAUCGCUUCUUCCGCAAGCGCGGCGCUCUGGACUACCGACACAGCGUCGUUUUUUCGCCUGCUGGCUGUGAGCCAACCGAAGGACGCGGCAGUGGCGGCUCCCCGGCAAGCCCGGCCGUGGAGGCUGUCCCCUCCGCUCACUCGCGACGGCGGCGACAGGGCACCGCCUCGAAAAGCAGCUUCGCCGCCGACGAGCCGAACGAAGACUGCGUGCCGGAGGAGCUUCGGGCGUGGUACGUGGCGAGCAACAGCGCGGUGCGCGUGGCGAGGCAGGCAAAGGUGCGCCAGUCUUCCACGCGCGCGGCAUCGGCGGAGUCGAGGGACUCGCGCGUCGGAGACGAAACACCCGCGCCGGCGGACGCGCUCACUGAUCGACCCGCAACACCAGGUUUGGCAGAUGACCGCAGCGACGGCGAGGACGGCGUGUUCGGCGACGUCGUUGUCCGUCCAUCCAUCCGCAGCGGCGGUGCCGGCACGACAUCUGUGAACAUCCUGCAGAGCCGCGCUGCCCCACGCAUGGGCGGCGGGGCGCAUCCACCAGACGGCGGUAGAGUUGGCGCCGCGGCAGGGGCACAGGCAGCCGCAUCGCUCUCCUCCGGGCCGGGUGCGACGCCCGAGUCCAUCAGGAAGGGCAGCACGACCGCGGCAGCGGUUACGGACGACACAAACGUGGAAUCGCACGCUUGGGGGGGACGGCCGCCUUUGCGGGCUCACCGCUACGUCGAGCAGCCCAAUGGCCUUCUCAUUAACCACGCGCGACAUGCCGACCUGCUGGCCGAGUACGCCGUUGAAGCGGAGCUGCAUUACGCUAAGGAAAGGGAGGACGCCCGUCGUGCGCGGCGGUGGGCGCGCGUGCUCUACGGCCGAAGCAGUGGAGCUCGUCGUGACGGGGGGCAGCGGCAAGAUGGGACGACGGCAGUGCCCGCCUCGGCGAACGCUAGCGGCACGGCGAUGGCGCGCAGCGGUUGCUACUGGCUGUACGACGCGGCGACAUACCGCCGCCACUUCCUCUCCACGCUGCGCUUCCUACAGCGGGUGCACGUCUUUCUCGGCGCCCUCGCCGCUGGCGUAUCACUGCUGACACUUCUCGCAAUCACGGUGCCCUUCCCCGCCCCCUACAUCGGCAGCGACGGUGUGGUCGUCGCUGAUGCCGGCAGCGGCGCAUCUGCCGUGCUGCUGCUCGCACUCUUCGCCAAUGCGUCUGCCACGCCGGCUGAUACCGCUGCUGCAGCGGCCGCCGCGCACGUGCUCCCGGUGCUGGAGCAGGGCUACCCGGCCUUCGCCCUCUUCAUCACCCUCUUCCAGGUGUACCACGCCUCCCUGCUCCUGUGUCUGUGCCUCCUGCUCGUCAUCACAGGGUACGCACCGGCGCCGUGGUCCGUGGCGGAGGGAUACUGGAUGACGCAGCGGUGGCGGUGGCUGCAGCAGGAGGGCCAGGACGCCGAGCACGCAAGCAAGCGGGGCGGCGAGGCUGGAAAGCGACCGCGACCGGACGGCGGUGGCGAGUGUCGCACCGACACCAUCGCCAGCAGCGAUGGCACCGCCUUCGCCAGCGCCAGUGCUGGGGCAGGGUUUGGGGGCUCGCGAAGGCCAUCGAACAUGGUGCACCGAGAUGCCAUGUCCUCCAGUAGCGUCCUCGGCGACGGCUCCCGCUCAGCGCUCUUCGCCACGAGGACCCUGCACCACUCCCCCGACGAUCGGCUCAGCAUGUCAAUGGGCGGCGGCGGCGGCGGUGGUGUUGGUGUUGGUGGUGGUGGUGGCUGGGCGAACAGAGGGGCGUACGGCAGCGACGAGCUGGACUACAGCGCUACGAACGUGCUCUGCGGUAGCCGCGGCGCCACACACGGCCGUCAGCGACUGGACUCGCUGAGAUACAACGUGAACCUUGGUGCAAGCACCGGGCCCAGUGGCCUUGGUGCCACCUACGCCGCGUACGGUGCCACGCUCAGCAGUCUCGCCGGCACGGGAGACUGGGGAACGCUGGGCGAGGCACAAUAUACGCUCCCACCCGCCACCAUGCUGAUGUCGCCGCGCGGACCCGGUGGCGGUGCGAGCCGCUACCACCCGCUGCAUCGAAACAGCGAAGGCGGAAAUGUCGCCGGCAGCGCAGUGACAGACGCGCCGGGGCGUCAUCGGCAGCAGCAGUAUUGGCUGCAGGGGGGCUUCGCGCUGCACGGCGAUCAUCCGGCAGUGGCACAGCGGGGCGGCGGCGCUGCCGUCAACCGCGCCCUGCGGGCACCGCCUCUUCAGCUGCACUUUCCAGCCAGCACGCUGGAGGGCAGCCUCUCGGCAAACAACGUGCUCACGCGCAUGUUUGACCGCGUCGAGCGACGUGCCAUGCAGGGGCUGUGCAACGCACUGCAUGCGUUGCCGCGCGUCUUCUGCGUGCUCGGUGCGCGGCGCGGCGACGAUACCAUCAAGAGCAGUGGCGCCCGCGGAGCCCGAGGUGGAGCAGCGCGGGCAGCUGACGCGUGGCCGCGCUACGUGGAAAACGACGCGACAGCGGCUGGGCGGGAGCUGGCCUCAUCCUUGAGCCCACAGGUACACCACACUAACCCAGUCCUGCCUGCCUUCCUCCACCUGCACGUCGUGCUUCAGCCGCGGCUCUGGUGCGUGGUUGUGGCGUUGGUGCUGACCGUCGUUGAGAUAGCACUCGUCGACGAGCGCACUGUCGAGCUACUCUGGCUGGCGCAGCCGGCGUGGUGGUGGUCGGCGGCCGCCGUGCCAUCGCAGCGGACGACCAGUAGCGGUGACGUGGUCCUUCCUCACGCGUGGACAGUGGCCAACUUCACGCCGACGUCCGCGAGGAUGAGCGGCGGCGGCGGCGGCGGCGUCCGAUUCGCUGCAGCAGCGUCGGAUAUGGCUUUCCUUCCGGGCGGCGCGUUGCCGGAUGACGCCGAGGACACCUCCGGAUAUCUGUGGUGCGUGCUGAUGGCUGUCUACGCGACACGCACGGCGCUGUUCUGGGUCGCCUUCCUGCUGAACACAUUUUUCUAG